CUUACUUCGAAUACCCUCGAGCAAACAGUACGAAAUUUCCGUCUUCGACCCCCCGGCGUUGUAGUGGCGUGCGUGCGCCCUCUGUGUGCGCGUCGUGUGAAGAAGUCUCGAUUCGAAAACUGGGUCUUAUCCCGGUAACACCCCGUUACUUUUAAAAACUUUAAAAAAAAAAGAGAUUCCUCGUCUUUGACGAUGGCCUCGCGCCUUUUGAGGACCUCAGUCCAGAAGAAGUCAAGCAGCAGCUGGGAUACCGGUGAUGAUGACAUUUUCUCUCAGUCCACGAGGAAGAGCUCGGUUUCGAGUUCCAGCCUUAUCUCGAGUGAGGUGGAGAGUUCUUCUUCUUCUUCCUCCGUCAGGAGAAACUCGAGGGCGACUCUGCAUCAAAGCUCGGCCCUGAGGAAAGAGAGCGGCAGUUCGCUCUCCGAGAGGAGGUCCUCGAUUUCCAGAGCGGAGGAAUUCUCGUCGAAGGUCGACGGCGUCUCCAGCAGGCGAACUAGCCUGCUCGAAAGUGAUGGUUCCUACACGAAAUAUGACCAUUCACGGACUAGAGAAGGUCACAGCACUCAGUCCUAUUCACAGGAUGAGAGUUACUCUCGCAACGUCAAUAAGAUGGGAAAAAGUAGCGUUUCCGCUGCUACGUCCCACGAGGCGUCUCAUCGGAGGAGGGACAGCUCCGAUUCGGUCGAGUCUAAUGGACAAAUAGAUGGAAUCGCGCCCACCUUUUCCCAAAAGCCAGUCAUCAAGCAGGAGGAAGGCGGGAAACACAUCAAAUUCGAGUGCCGUAUUUUGGCUGAACCCAAGCCAGCGAUCACCUGGUACCGCGACGGACUUAAGGUGCAAGAGUCCGCGCGAUGCAAGGUGUCUAUAGAAAAAGAUGAGAAGUAUUUCUUCAUCACGUUAUCAUUGGCAAACGUCACAGUGCAAGAUGCUGGCAAGUACAAAAUUACAGCCAAGAACGAGCUCGGAGAGAGCAACGCCACCAUUAGCCUUAACUUCGAUAGUUCCUUUAUGAUGCUCACAGGCGACGAAGAAGCGCCCGCAGGUGACGGAGUCAAGCCGACCUUCACGGAGAGGCCGGUCAUUCGGCAGUCGGAAGACGGCUCCAGCGUCAUCUUCUCGUGUCGCUGUGUUGGCAGCCCCAAACCCACGGUCAUAUGGUGAGUGGAAGACGUCCUCAGUUCA